CAGCACAAGAACAAGAGAUGAUUGAAUUGGGGAAUUUAUCAUAUCAUGUAGUGGAAUCAAUUUUCUCUAAAAUUCCCUUAAAAUCUCUUGUUCAAUUAAAAACUGUCUCUAAAACAUGGCGAAAUUCCAUCACAAAUAUCCGCAUUUUUUACCCUCCCACAACUUCUACUGGCCUUAUACUUUUUCUCAAACACAAUUCAUCCCAAGAAUCAAUCUUUUUGAAAUUACAUGAUCAACCCCAGAAAAAAUUAGCCCAAUUUUGUACUCUCCAUUCUUCUUCUACCCAUAAUUUUCCUUAUUUGAUUGAUUCUUGUAAUGGUCUUCUUUUAUAUGCAUCUCUUAACAAUGAGUUUUGGAAUUAUCAUAUUUCUUCCCCUGUACUUGACCAAUAUGUUACACUUCCUCUUUCUCAUCAUAUUUUAAGGCCUGCUUGUUCAAGUCUUGUUUUUGAUGGUUGGAAUCAUGAGUUUCAAAUUAUAUGUUUUUUCUGGGAAGAAGUUGAUUUUGAUGCUCAAAUGAUGAAUUGCAUGGUUUUUUCAUCAGAAUUAUGGAAUUGGAGAGAAUCCCAAUUGAGAAUAUUGAACUCUGAACUUCUUUUACAAGAUGGAUUCUUGAGAGGACAAUGCUAUAGUCCAAGUGUUUUUUCUGGUGAAAGAUUGUAUUGGAUAUGGAGUUUGUGUUUGUUAGUAUAUGAUUGUAAAGGAGAGUUCUUUACAUUAUUUCCUUUGCCAAAAAAUCAUAGUGGGAAAAAAUCAAGAAAAGGUGUCUAUUCUCAGUUUUUAUGGGAAUCAGAAGGACUAAUACAAUUUUGCGAUCCAGUUAAAAGUGGAUUUUUCAUAUGGAGUUUUAGAGGAAACAACAAUAAUUUUGAUUUAUGGAGGCUUAAUCAUUUUAUAAGAUUAAAUGAUUUGAUUAAUGAUCAAGAUACAAGGUUGAGUAUGGGAUAUUCAAUUAGGCCUUGUGCAUUUAAUAAAGAUUUGCAGGUCUUAUAUUUGCAUGUAAUGCCACAUACAAUUGUUUCAUAUAGUUUUGAGACUAGAGAAUUGGUACAAGUUUGGUCAUAUUGCUAUAGCAGAGGAGAAGUAGAGGAUUGUUGGAUUUGCAAGAUUCAUCCUUUUGUAUUUACUUCUGUUGAUUUGCUUGCCUUAACAAAUUGAGGCCAGUUGAUUAUUAGGAGGUAGUAGCAGCUUAUAGCAAUUUUCUUUUCUUUAUAUUCAUAUACAUUGAGA